AUGGAUGAGGCCCGCAGGCAGGAAAAGGGACCCCAGAAGGGGGAGCUCGGGGGCUCCAAAGUAUGGCCGGUCCUGUCCGCUGUCAUCGUUCUGUCCGCCAUUACUCGAUUCCACCGCCUGGGGGAGCCACCGCACGUCUGGUAUUGCACAUUCUCCCCUCCCCCUCUGGGGAAGAUGCUGAUUGGAUUGGCCGGACAUGUGACUGGUUACAAUGGUUCCUUCUCCUUCCUGAAGCCUGGGCAGAGCUAUGAAGACCACAACUACCUGGGCAUGAGAGGGUUCUGCGCCUUCCUGGGCUCCGGGCUCCCGCCGCUCACCUUCCUCAUCGUCCUGCAGCUCUCGGGAUCACUAUCUGCCGCCCUGCUGGCCGCCGUCCUCAUUCUGCUGGACACCGGCUGCAUCACCCUGACCCAGUACAUCCUGCUGGACCCGGCGCUCCUCUUCUUCAUCAUGGCCGCCGUGCUCAGUAUGGUCAAGUUCAAUGCCUGUCACUGCAGGCCGUUCAGCGCCCCCUGGUGGCUGUGGUUGGUCCUGAGCGGUGUCAGCCUGUCCGGCGCCAUGGCUGUGAAGUUCGUCGGCCUGUUUGCGGUGAUCUUGGUCGGUGUGAAUACGGUGAGGGACCUGUGGAGGAUUCUGGGAGAUCUCGGCCUGACGCUGGAUGUUUUCCUGCGUCACCUGGCGGCUCGCGUCCUCUGCCUGAUUGUCGUGCCGCUCGCCCUCUACGCGCUCGUCUUCGCCGUACAUUUCACCGUCCUCAAUAAAAGCGGCCCCGGCGACGGUUUCUUCAGCUCCGCCUUCCAGUCCCGUCUGAUUGGGAACAAUCUGCACAACGCCUCUAUGCCCGAGCAUUUGGCGUACGGUUCGGUUAUUACACUGAAGAACAUGCGCACCGCCACCGGAUACCUGCACUCCCACUGGCACUUGUACCCGGAGGGGGUGGGAGCGCGCCAGCAGCAGGUGAGCACCCAGAAGAU